UUUAGAGGAACACAAUUUCAUCCUUUGCUUCUUUUGUUUAUAAAUGAGUGAUGACCAUGGAGUACGCAAUAACUCAGAAGGGAAGGGUGUCCCCAAUUUCUCCAUUUUAACUCCUCCAAGCUCUUUCUCUUCCUUUCUCUUGUUCUUGGGUAUAGCUAGCUCCGUUGUUUGUUGCCGUGAGAAGGUGUGCGUAGAGCAAGAUGGAGAAGCAGGGCACGUGCAUUACUGACUCAUGCAAAUAUGUAUUUUACAAUGAAAAAGCAAUUCGAUCUUGUAGAUCGAAUUCAGAGGAUAAGGUAUUGAGUUAGUUUUUCAUGUGCCCGUCUUCCCCAUCAUGACCACUACACCUUUAUUUCCGUACUCUCCAUCAAUUUCCAAUGGUUUCCAGCUGUUUGGAAAGGUCCAUUUUAGGUGAGUUAGAAAUUUUUGUUUUUGCAUUUUCUACCAAUAAUAUUUCAAAGUGAUGUUUUCUAACACGAUAGUUGAAUGGGAUAAGGAUCAAGAAAAUCAUUCCAUAUAUAUUGACAUUUCAAACAAUGUCAUUUAUAUAUGGUGGUGAUAAUAACCAUUGAUUGAAUAGGAUUUGGGGUCAUGUCAGAAAUCAGAAUUCAGAUUGGUUAAAUUAGCCGUAAGAAUGAUGAAGACGACCAGCAACCAUGGAUCGAUCAUCAUCCAAUAUCCGCUGCAAAGUUUGAUUUUAAUUCCCAGGUUCUCAUAAAAAGAAAUUCCAGGUUUCUUCCUUUUUUUGAAGUUAAUUUUUCUCAAUCUUCAAUAUUUUAUGCAGUUAUGCUGCUUUUCUUUCACUUUCUCUUCCUUUUUUUCCUUUUUCUCUCCCCUUUGUGAAUACAGAUGCAUGAUGCACUUGCAGAAUGGAUUAUUUUGCAGCAAACACAAGAUAAUGCGGGGGGAUGGCGUGUUUGGAGUCGGAGCUAGCAAAGUGGUGUGCCAAAAGAGUCUAUAUACUUUAAAUGCUUUUCUUUUUGGAAAUUCUAACA